AAUCUCUCCGCACCGCGUGAGAGAGAGAAACACCCAAAGAUGGAAGGGGGGAUGGGGAACUCUUCCUCCGAGGAUGAGACCCCUGUUUCGAUACGAAACCCUAACCUUAGAUUAGAGAAAGGGAGCAAGAAGAAGAAGAAGGAGAAGAAGAGGACGGAGGAGGAGGAGGAGGAUAUGGGGUGGGAGGGGAGGGCGUGGGAAUCGGAGUGGCCGAAGAGGAGUCGGGGCGGCGGCGGGGUGAUGCUGGAGGGCUACGUGGAGGCGGCGGACGGGGCGGAACAGGGGUCGGACGGCGGCGAUGGGGUGGUGGGGAGGACGAAGAGUCUGACCGACGAGGACUUGGAGGAGUUGAAAGGGUGCUUGGAUUUGGGGUUCGGUUUCAGCUACGAGGAGAUCCCCGAGCUUUGCAACACUCUCCCGGCUCUCGAGCUCUGCUACUCGAUGAGCCAGAGGUUCUUGGACGAGCAGCAGCAGCAGACCCGGUCGCCGGAGGCGGCGAGGGAUGCGGCGACGGCGGAGCCCUGUGCUUCUGCGGCGUCUCCUGUCCCCGUGGCCAAUUGGAAGAUCUCCAGCCCUGGGGACCAUCCUGAAGAAGUUAAAGCAAGGCUGAAAUAUUGGGCCCAAGCAGUGGCAUGUACUGUUAGAUUAUGCAACUGAUAGAGCACUCCUGAUAUAAUCUGUGAUCAGAAACAGAUUUUCAUGAUGAUCAACAACUUGGAAUCUUUUUGCAGAGAGUUCUGUACUGAUGCCUUGCUGCUCUAUGCCCUUUGGUAUACUGUGCAACUCUCUUGUCGCGGACAGCCUGGCCGGCAUCUGAUUCAAGAUGAUAGAAGAGAGAAAUGAGGUAGAAGAAAAAAGGAGGAAGAAGUCACCUGAAGUCUAAGAUUUACUAAUAACACCAUGUAGCUAAUCUGCCUCACCUACACAUGAAUGUACCAAUAAUUUAAGAUUAACAAGCGCAUUUCUUCCACUUUGGUACUGCUAUAUGAAUUUGGCUCUUUGCCGUGUUUUCUUUUCUUUUAAAUCGCCUUAUUGGCAAAUUUACAUUCUUUCUGCUAUUUUUAUCUGGGGCUGCUGUUAUUGUAGUCAAGUUGGCUCUGGGGACCAAUUGCAGGCAGACAGCAUUACAAGCAGGAUCUGAAGCUUCAUAUAUUGGUUGGUAAAGACAAGUCUUGACAUGAGCUCUUGCAGUUUACUAUGCGAUCUCGUUACAUUUCACCUGACAGAGGACAACCAUGGAACACUAAAUUCGCUUGUCUUCCACGCAAUUCUAGUGGGCAACCAUGGUCCCUGAGGCGGCAGGUUUUCGGAGGUGAUUCCUUUCUGCUGGCGGAUGAGAACAACAUUUUGCUUCAUUCCAGUGCAAUGGUUCCUUUGGUGUCUGGGACCACAGUGGUAUCUGUAUCAAUUAGAGCCCACUUGCACUGUGCGCAUUCCAUUUAUUUCUGAAUUCCAUCCUGCAGUUUUGUUC